CAAGGCUUUGCCCUCUGCUUUCCCCCCCCCCCCCCCCCCCCCCUCCCCGCGCGCCGCCGCCGCCGCCUCCGCAAAUCACCCUUUCCUUCUAAGCCACUUCUUCUCCCUCUCAACAACCCCCCCCACCCCAUUCUUUUUAAACCCCCCUUCCCCCAUCCUCCCCAAAUAUCUUCAGAAAUACAAUCAAGCUGGCAGGAAGUAAGCGCCGAAGUUUUUCUAGCCAGGGUGGGUUGCUGAACCGAAUGUUCAGUGGCUCCUCGAGCCCACCCAAAGAUAGAUCCGACACAACAAUUGCCCGCUCCGGUGCUAUUGACACGCCGCCUCUAAGCAUUCGCACCGAGGAUUCCAGCGUCACCCCCAAGAAAUUCUCUCCGCCAGGUGGCUUCUUCACACGGAGGACAAGUGAGGAUCAGGGCCCUGGCAGUGAGAAGAAGCGCCGCAGUAGCACGGUCACGAAAGCUGCCUCAUUCUUCACCAGCGCCAAGAACUCCUUCAGCCUGUCAAGCAGUCCACGUGAGAAUUCCUUCAACUAUACCAUUCAAGAGCAGCCUGGCCUGGCAAAGUUUGGGAGCAUGGACCCUGCCUUGAGCGUUCCUCAAGGGUCAUUAAAUAAUUCGGCUGGUGAAUCGCAUCCCACUGCACGCUCGUCAUUCAGAGUCGGCGUCACCGAGGACCGCAAUCGAAAAUGUCGCCGGACUAUGGAAGAUACCCAUGCCUAUUUGUACAACUUCCUGGGGACUCCCGCACUCUCAGCCCAGGGUGAAACAGGCACGAAAGCGAUAACCAUUCCUACUGGCACUUCUCCCACAUCCGAGAAAUCAACCAGCGUGGUUGAAACCGACAAUGGAUACUUUGCCAUCUUUGACGGACAUGCAGGCACAUUUGCUGCUGAGUGGUGCGGAAAGAAGCUGCAUCUGAUCCUCGAAGAUGUAAUGCGCAAAAAUCCUAGCACACCCGUUCCGGAGCUUCUCGAUCAGACAUUUACUAGCGUUGAUCAACAGCUGGAAAAGCUGCCCUUGAAGAACAGUGGAUGUACUGCUGUUAUUGCUCUGUUGAGAUGGGAAGACCGAGUGCCCAGCUCGCAUUCUGCCACGGGGUCAUCUGCCCUCGCAUCCGCCGCCGCCGCCGCUGCCAAGGCCGAUACAGAUUCCGAUGAAGCGGGCGAUACUCCUACCCAGGCUGCCGUCUCUGGAGCACUUCCCAAACUACAGGAGAAGGCGGCUCGUCAGCGCGUCCUCUACACUGCCAACGUUGGUGAUGCACGCAUUAUUUUGUGUCGCAAUGGCAAGGCACUUCGUCUGUCUUACGAUCACAAGGGCAGCGACGAGAACGAAGGAAAGCGGAUAGCAAACGCCGGAGGAUUGAUCCUGAACAAUCGCGUCAAUGGUGUUCUCGCUGUGACCAGAGCUUUGGGCGAUGCGUACCUCAAGGAUCUCGUGACUGGACAUCCGUACACCACAGAGACUGUUAUCCAGCCAGAGUCGGACGAGUUCAUCAUCUUGGCCUGCGAUGGGCUUUGGGAUGUGUGCAGUGACCAGGAGGCUGUCGACCUCAUUCGGAAUGUGCCCGAUGCCCAAGAAGCGUCUAAGAUCUUGGUUGAUCACGCGCUUGCACGUUUCAGCACUGACAAUCUUUCUUGCAUGGUCAUUCGCUUCGAUACGGAACGUGUCAAGGAUGUGGUCAACCGCACCGCUGAGCCCAUCGGCGUCGAAGGCGAUCAGGAAACUGAGCUCGGUGUCAGCGAGGCUGACAAGAUCGUUGAGUCAGCUCGAAAGAGAAGAAAUCCUCGAGAAGAUGGCGAAUGAGCAGCCCGAGCCUGCACCACCCAUGAAGGAAGACAGCGGUGCCGCGAUUGCGGAUAAGUUGAAAGUGCCUGAACCCAGGAACCCAACUGCAUAAGUACUCUGGAGUGAACUCCGACGCUGUGU